AUGGCCGACGACAACAUGGACGUCGCCAAGAGGCUGGAUGCCGCCAUACCGAUUGCACAGCUAGGCCCUGAAGCAUCUCGCGACAGUGCAGUUCACGGCAUUAUCACGAUUGUGUGGCCGUUCAACAAGGUCAACAACUCUGUCGCAUUCAUCCUCGCCGAACCCGAAGCCCGUUUGCGUUUAGCCAAGGGUCAGAUUCGCGUCAACUGUGUCGGAGCGAGUGCCAAGGCCAUUUCGGAAUGUGGUCUAGGCAGCGGCGACAAGGUGCGAUUGAGCUUGGAAGGCGUCGAAUUCGUGGCCAACGAUGCCAAGUCACGUAUCCCGGGAACCGAGUCGGAGUGGCAGCUCAGUUUCUCCAAGCGAUUGAUUCUACAAGCAAAGAUUGGGUACGCCGAGGAGACGAAAAACGUCGACAUCGAUGCGUCGGCGGAGCCAGAAGUUGAACCUCUUGCGCCGGUAUUGCCAGUACCAGAGCCCGAGAUUGAGCUGGAUCUACCCAUACUGCCCAGUGCCACUCCCGUCAAGAAUACUGCGCUGCAACUCAAGGACGGAGAAUACGAGUCACCCGCCUUUGUCAAGCGGGCGAGAAUAUCCUAUGGUGGACUUUUUGAGGGAGAUUUAUUCGAAGAUGAUGGUGGAAUCAAGGGUCAAGGUCGAAAGAGGACACGAUUUUCGCUGGAUCCCAGAUCUUGGAGGUAUACAAGUCGAUCGCCUAGCCCAGAACAAUCGCAAGAUGACACGGAUCAAGAGCAAUUAAGUCCAGCCCGCCCGCAAAUGGCUGAUGGAGAAAGCCAGACUAUGGAAUUGGACUUUGCCGCCCCUGAACAGACUGAAAAGUCGCAUGCUCAAACAAGUUCAUUUCUCCAGGCAAAUGUCGACCAAGGCCAACAGACUAUUUCGCAAGGUACUUGGACUGCACCGGAACCGCAAGAGCAAUUUACUGGGAUUCCAUCAAAACCGACUUUUGAUAAUGCCGGUAUUCAGGUUGAGCAAGGGUGGAAUCAACAGCCUCUGCCAAUGGCCUAUCCUGAGCUUCCUCCCGAGAUUCCCUUUGCCAAUCUGGAGCGGCCAUUCGAGUCACCAAUUCCCAACGGCUUUGAUGGUGACUUGAUGCCUCGGCAUGAUUUUGUACAUGGCAAUCCUUUUACACAGGACAGUCUCUUUGCGGCAAAUCAGGAAAUUUCAAAUGAGCAAACUACAGUGUAUCCAGAUCCCGAACACUAUGAAACCAAACCGGCCAACCUUGCUCACGCUUCUCCAUUUGUUGAAAAUGUCCCUCUUGCAGAAGCCACCGUGACGGUGCCCGCCGAUCCGUACACCCGUGAGACUAGUGUUCCCUCGGAACGAGCGGCAAUCAAUGCAGGAACCUCGACUUGGGCUGCAGUGAAUCAAACAGACGGCCGAUCUGUCUCGAGACCAGUAUCAAGUCGACAUGGUAGCGGUAAUGGUACAACUCCACAAUCUGCCAUGGUCAUUGAUGAAAGCGACUCUGAUGAAGAGCCACUUGUGGAUGCCGCACAUGGUAGUCUCGGAGACGCUCCAGUAUCUCGACCAGACCAUGUAGCAAGUGCCCUCCAACAAGCUGCCCAGAACCCUUUUAUCCAAGGUCCACCACCUGGCCAUGAUGUUACCGAGGAAGAUUGGGACGAGCAAGUACACGCAUACGCCGACCAUGCCCCUGAUCGCUAUGAUGACGAGUAUGACGAGGACGAAGAUGGAGGAGAUUACGACACCAGCAAUUACCUGGCGCCACAAGACGAUGAAGAUGAUGGAGAUGACAUGGAUUUGAGACAGCACGCUCUAGAACCUGAAUUCAAUGAUGGAGAGGAACAAAGUUGGGAUGAAGAGUACGAUGAGGAAGAAUACGACGAGGAUGAAGAGGACGAAGAAGAGGAGCCACAAGUCAACAAACCGCAGCGACCAGCCUCAUCCGCUCCAGUAGUCAUUGAUCUAUUAUCCGACUCUGAUGAUGAUGAGCCACCGCCUCGUCCGCCUACCAUGCCUGCAGUUCGGCCCCAAGUAUCAAUGCAAGCAACUUCACCCGACUAUGGUCCUGGUAGUGAAGAUGAAGAGGAGGAAGAGGAGGAAGAGGAGGAGGUCGAGGAAGAGGAGGAGGUAGAGGAAGAGGAGGAAGACGAAGAAGAAGAAGAAGAAGAAGAAAGCGAGGAAGACAGACAGGCAAUCCUGGAUGCAGACCAUGACAGCGAAGAAGAUUCCGACAUUGAAGAAACCACUGCCAACGAGGUCGACAUGCUGGUGGAUUAUGACCAAGAAAGUGAAGACGAAAGCAGUGUGUCGGAAGUUGCUCAAAUACCCCGGCUUCCUCCGACAAUCCCCGUGGUCGACUCGGACCAAGUCAUGGAGGCUGUUGUCCAAGAGUCUCAAUCCAACGAGGAUCAGCCACCAGGUUCUCAAGAGCAACCGAGCAUUUCCGAGCCCAUUUCAAUAGAGGCAGACCAAGAGACAGACCAAGAGGCAGAGAGGGAAACAGAGAGUAUACCAGCAAAAGUCGAGUCAGAGCCAAAAAUCGAUGCGCCUUUGCCGCCACUCACUCAAUCUCGGUCGCCGGUCCCUCACGAUCAAGAUGUCGUCAUGGAAGAGGCUACCGAGACAUUAGUUGAGGAUCCUCUACCAACUCUAGCAGAAACCCGACCGACAGAACUUUACCCGGCAGAGACGAAAAUGGAGGUGGAUGACGCCGCACAGUCUAUACCCGAAGAUAAAGAUAUAACCGACGAGUCUACUGUGGAAGAGAUUGUGGUUGCUUCCAAGGACGAACCCGAGCAAGCCAAAAGCCCCCAGACACGACCAAUAUCGGCUAUAGAUGCCAUGGAUAUGCUUGCAGAUGCCGAUCCCGAGGAUGUUGUUUUGGUUGAACCAAGCUUCCUUACAAGGGCUGCCGAGGCCGCAGAGGUUUCUCAGCCAGACUCGGCAACUCAAGAGAUUCUUCGAGAUAUCCUUGAAUCUACACCCAUUGCCGAGAAACCAACUACACAGAUUGCAGUGCCAUCAGAUGAUGAUUUUGACGAUGCCGUUUCAUUUGCCUCUCAACUGAGCGGUGACGACGCCUUGCAAGCUGCCCUUAGAGACGAAGACUCGAGAGAGUAUGAUUCGGAUGGUUACGAGACUACAGUUUUGGAAUUGUCACAAGAUCAAGAUGGCAAAGCAAUCGCCUUGGCACAAUCAUCCGAGCUCGUUGCUACAGCAGAAACAGGAGAUGAUGAGAUGGCAGAUGGGAUUGUUGAAAGUGCACAAGAACCGGCUCCUGCUUCACCUACCCCACCGCCUGCCGAGAAACAAGCAAACGUCCGUGAACCAUCUCUCGACGCAAACGAACAUGUCAACGAAGCUGGAAUCCCCAUGGGAAGUCCAGAAUGGGCUGCCAAGGAAAGACAUGAACACGAAGAACCCGACGUACACAAGUCUCCGUCUGCAUUGCGAGCUACACCUGUAACUCGCAAGAAUGAAGCUAGUCUUGCUGUUGAAAGUCCUGAACGUGCCGCCAUUGAACGACACCAGGAGCAAGUGCCAGAUGAGCCGGAACAUGCACAGGAGGAAGCCGAGACCGAACUAAUGAUGGGAAGUCCUGAGCGUGCCGCCAUUGAACGACACCAGGAGCAUGUGCCUGAAACGGAACCUGCGCAAAAGGUCGAGACCGAACCAGUAAUUGGCAGUCCUGAACGUGCCGCCAUUGAGCGACACCAGGAGCAAGUGCAAGAUGCGGAAACCGCGCAAAAGGCCGACGCCGAACCAAUGAUUGGAAGUCCUGAACGCGCCGCCAUUGAACGACAUCAAGAGCAAGUGCCAGAACCGGAACCUGUGCAAGAAAACGCCGAGACCGAACCAGCAAUAGGCAGCCCCGAACGUGCUGCCAUUGAACGACAUCAGGAACAACAAGAUGCGGGACCAAUGGAGGAAAGCGCCGAGACCGAGAUCAAAAGUCCCGAGCGUACUGCCAGCCAACAAGAGCAAGCCAAGCAAGUACCAGAAACGACACCGGUUCAGCAAAAACCUGAAGAAUUCUUCAUUGGCAGCCCAGAAAAGACGGCAAAGCGAAGAUUUCAACAAAAUCACCCAGACUCGGAAGAAAUGGCGUCUGAUCCCAGCCUACGACUGGCAAGAGCUGCAAUUGCUUCGAAAAAUGGCCACCGUCAACGCGGUUCAACACCCGAUAGUCGACCUCAGACAAGAUCCAAGAGCUUCCAGAAGAGUCCCAGUCCAGAACUCCCCGACAAUAGUGUCCAACUUGCCAAGGCAGCUCUCCAAACUCCAUCCAAAACUGGCCGCAAUGAAGCACAAGCUCUAGCUAGCUCGCCUGCUUCGUCCAAGGUGGAAGAAGAAACUAGUUCCUUGACGGCUUCCAAGCUCAAACUAGUCCGGCAUCUUCGAGAUGAACUUCCCGAGUGCAACACACUCAAAGUCUUGCGUCAGCAUACUGGCAAGUCGGUCGAAGUCAUGGCGGUUGCCAUGAUGACGCCUCCGACACCUGUUCGUGCCAAAGGUGGACCACGAGAGUACAUGAUGUCUUUUACCAUAACCGACCACAGCAUCAGCCCUAGUGGUGUUUGUGAGGUACAGCUUUACCGUCCACAUAAGGAGUCCUUGCCUCAGGUUAAACACGGCGACGUUGUGCUCUUGCGCAGCUUUACAGUGGUUGCUUUGAAAGGCAAGGGGUAUGGCCUCCGCACCAAUGAAGCCUCGAGCUGGGCUGUUUUUGACCGAGAAGACGAGGCUCCUCAGAUCAAGGGUCCGCCUGUCGAGUAUGGAGAGGCAGAAACAAUUUUUGCAGCUUAUCUGAGAGAGUGGUAUGGGUUACUGGAUGACAAGGCAAAACAGAAACUUGAAAAGGCCAAUCAAAAGAUUAUCGAUGCGGGCAAGGCAAAGUGA